AUGUACAACCCUUAUCAAGGUUCGCACCUUUAUGGCCGACCUGGGGACUAUGGGAGUUAUCCUGGUGCCCCUCCAGGCAUGGGCGCCCCUCCAGGCAUGGCUGCUCCCGGAACUGCACUUCCUCCAGGUAUGCAACAAGCGAACGCGCAACAGUCAGGUCGCCCAGGCGGCUUUCCAGCCAAUUUUCAACCUCCUCCCAACAUGCCAAAUAUAAACUUCUCUGCACCAGUUAUUCGCCUCGGCACAGCAGGUCCUGCGAAGUCGGCGACACCUGAAGGUACCGGGCGAACCGGCGAGACAAAUCGAAGGGCAGGACUUGGCGCCACCAGCGUUGAGUCACAGCGCCAGACCAUCCGGGAUGCGAUGAUGCAGCUGCAGCCACCAACCAAAGAAGAAAUUUUGAGAACUAUAUUUGUUGGAGGUAUUACGGAGGGCACCGGAGGUGAUGAUGGUGUGGAGCGUAUCCUGCGUUGUGCGGGCAGUUUGAAACGCUGGAUUCGCGCCACUGAUGCAGAUGACAAGCCCUGCAAAUUUGGAUUCGCGGAAUACGACGACCCCGAAAGUCUCAGCGUGGCUUUAGAAGUUCUCAAGGAUGUUGAGGUUCCAGUGAAGCGACAGAUGCCGAAGGCAGAAGGCGACAAGGAGAAUUCUGAAGUGGAAAAGGCUAAGCUUCUGGUCGUCUUUGACGAAGGGACUUUGAAAUACGUUGAACAGUACCAGUCCACUAGGAAUGAAGAAGAUGAUUCCGAUCGCACCGCCCGUCUUGACGCUGCUCGCGAAUCGCUUUCCACCGUGCUAUCAGAAUUGGCGCAUCCAGCCGUGCCUACGCAAGCUGAGGAAGCAUCCACCGUUGAUCGUGACGGCGACGUACCUAUGCAGGAGGGAGGCAAAGAUGCCGAAGUCGUUACUAUUCCCAUCGCUGCCGAAGACGAACUGUCAGAUAUACCAGCCGAGAUGCGCGAGACAGUCGCCAAGGAGAUUGCUGCUUUCCGAGAGAGGAGCAACCGCCGUGAUCUUGAACGUCUUCGCCGAGAGGAGGAAAUUGAAUCAAUGGAGCGUGCAAGGAAUUCCGGCGGCCGUAUGAACAGGCUGGCAUCUCCACCUCUGUCAGCUCCCAGUGGACCUGCUGGAGGAGUCAACGGAGUCCCUCUUGGUCCUCGCGAUCGUUCUAUAGCCAACGCACCCUCGGGACCAAAGGGAUUCGGUGUGCAGAUUCCCAAGGAAUACCAGAAAGGAGUCGCAUUUGUGAAUGGCCACGGAGUGCCACUUGGUCAGGAAGAUGAGGACACUGAUGCUAGCGAUGAGGAGCUUGAGCGUAGGAGACAGGAAAAGAGGAAUGCAGAAUUGGAGAAGCAAUUCCUCGAUCAAGAACGCAGAUGGUUGAACCGUGAACGCAGUCGUACGGCCGCUGUUGAACGUGAGAGGAAGCGUGAUAAGGAAGAGGACGCUAAGGUUGACGAGGCCAAAGAAGCGAUGGCAAAGAUUCUUCGUGAGUGGAAUGACGAUGUCGAAGCUAGUCGUAAGGUGGAUGAAUACUAUGCAGAUCACGGGGCCUGGAUGCGCAACCGUGCGGCUGUUCGUGGACGGGAAAUCAAAGCCGAUGAAGCUGACCGAGCUGCGGAAGGACGAGAGAAGGCCCGGUCUGAGCAACAACGUGAACAAGCUCGUGGUAUGGCGGACGACUUCUUGGCUCGUCAGGCUGAAGAGCUUGAAGCGCAGCCACAGGCACCUCGCGAACCUCAGCGAUUCAAGCUAUCUCUUGGCGCAGCGGCACAACAAAAAGCACAGGCUGCCACGACUCGUCGCACUGUUGCUGAAGUUGAAGGUCUAUUGGAAGAUGAGGAAGAAGGGGCUGCUACUACGAAACGCACGCUCGUCCCGAUCAAAUUCGAUACCGCUGCAGAGGCAUCUGGUCUCAGUGAUGAAGAGAGGGCGCAGGCUGUCAGACAGCUCGCUGCAGAAAUUCCUUCGGACAAGGAAGGCCUAUGGAAAUGGAACGUCAAGUGGGAGUUUGUCGAUGAGUCGGUUCUUGGCGAACAACUGAAACCGUUUGUCGAGAAGAAGAUUAUGGAGUACCUUGGUGUGCAGGAGGAAAUGUUGGUCGAUGUUGUUGAAGAGCAUAUCCGCCGCCACGGUGAGCCUCAGGAGUUGGUCGAGCAAUUGGCCGAGGCAUUGGAUGAAGAAGCGGAAGUUUUGGUCAAGAAGCUGUGGCGUAUGAUUAUCUUCUUUUCUGAGAGCGAGAAGCGAGGUCUUUCGACGUAG